AUGGCGAGCCUUACCAUAUCUAAUCGCUCAACCACCAGCGAUCUAUACCGGAGCUGGAGCGCUGUCGUCGUGGCCUACUCGGGACUGAAGUUAGCCAGGCCCGCCCAGGACCGUCUGGUUGUCCUCAACGGAGUGGCGGACGAGUUUGGCGAGGCGCUGGGAGGCGAGAGCACUCGUUUCAGUUCAUCCUCUCGUUACCCGUCGUUGGACCCGUCCGAGAUAGAAGCCUACGUCUGCGGCAUAUGGCUCGGCGGCAUGCCCCAAAGCCUGCUCUGGAAACAGAGCGGGCCUGGGGUCCACGAGCGUAUCACCGAAAUUCCAUCUUGGUCCUGGGCUUCGAUAUGCACAGGUGUCAACCACGACCUACAUAUCUAGCACGCCGACAUCGCCG